AUGAAGGAGUCAGCCACUGAAAACGAGGAGUAUAGAACCUUCAUUGCAGCUCUAACUAAUGUGCAAGAUGCAGAAAGCCAGACAGAUCUUGACAUCUCCUUGAACAAACUGAUCCUGUCUGAGACGAAGCUGAGGGACUACUAUCGUUAUGAAGGCUCUCAAACCAUCCCGGGCUGUUCUGAGACAGCGAUCUGGACCAUGUUUAAGGAGCCUAUUCCACUUAGCACAGCUCAGCUUGCGGCCUUUUUCAACCUGAAGUCUACUAGAGUCGAGCUUGAAGACUCAAAAUUCCUCAAAACAGCCCCAUUGUCAAAACUAGAGAACCAAAAAUAUUGAACACAGAUGAUAUUUUAUGAAAGUUUUUAAAUGUUUUGUUUGUUCUUAUGAGUGCAGGAAAGGAAAAAGUAGUUGAAAGGAAAAAGAUUAUUUGUUCUUUUUUUGUGGGUAUGUUUCUGUUCACAUUGUUCAUAUUUUCAGAAUUGUUUUAUUUUGUUCUUUUGUUGAGGAUGCUUCCUGUUUGUCAAAUAGAUAUUUAUAAAUAGAUAAUUAUUUUUGAAUAUUUAUAAACAUUAUUAAUAAUACCAGAUUAAUAGUCAACUGAACAUACUUUUUAUAAGUACUUUAAUAUCAAUUACAUUUUAUUCCUUAAUAGACUUGUGCAGUUUUUUAGUUGUAUGGAGAUUUAAAAAAAAAUGUAGCAUGGCAUUGUAGAAUCCAGCUUGGUGGCUUUGUUUGCCAAAGGAAAUAAUAAAAAAAGUUUUUUGUA